CUUCUUCUUAUCUUCUACAUCAUUUGGUGAUUACACCUCUCCAACUCUCCUUAGAUGGCGGUUUUCUCAUUCUACCCACUCCUACUCCAUUCACACGUUUAUACCAUAUCGCUGUCCCAGCCCACUCGCAGAUCCAGUAGACCCAUGGCAAGGCAAAGACCAUGUCAAUCGAGAUCGUCCCGAUGGCUGAGGCCGAUAUCGCGGGUGUUGUAGACUGCGUGCAGAGGACCUUCGCAGAUGAUCCCUAUUUCCGGUGGGCAUUCGAUGCAGCCAAGUUUAAAGCUGAGCGAAAUGCAGCUUCGAUCGCGGCUCAUCUACAGUUCAGCUUCAACUGCGGCCAUCCAGUUUUCGUCGCGAAAGUGAGUCGUGCUGCAAGCGACCUCAAAACCGAGCACGAAAUUAGAUUAGCCCCAGGCACUAUUGUUGGCUUUAGCUGGUGGACUCCCCCAGAAGAUCCCGCCCUUCCCCAGACGUGGUCCGUUUGGGCACAAGAAUGGCUCCUCUCCUUUCGUCAGCUCAUGUUCAACAUCCGCUUCGCCGGCCGUGGCGGCUUGCAUGUUCGCCGAUACUGGCUUUGGAAGAAGUUGCAAAAGAACGCGGUAGAUGAUCUCUGGACUGACCCCCGGGGCUAUUAUUACUGUAAUCUGUUGGGUGUCAGCUCUCAGGUUCGCGGUAUGGGGGUUGGUAAGCGACUCAUGGAGACGAUUCUGCGAAGGGCUGAUGAAGAAGGCAUCUCCUGCUAUCUCGAGAGCUCAAAAGGGUUUCCCAAUAUUUCUAUAUAUGAGAAGAUGGGAUUUGAGCUCAGCAAAGAGAUCAGAUGCGAUGACGGCGGCGAUGUUUGCAAGCUUUACGGCAUGACUCGCAAGCCCAGUUACAAGUCCUAA